CUUAUGACAUUUCUUAACUAUAUGUCUAAAAAGUAAAACUCAAAUAUUUGAUAUAAUCAGUUACAACUUACAACAAUUGAAUAGUAUAUAUUCUGGUUAUAUAUAAACUAUGUUAUAAAACAAAGUGAGGUUGUCUAAAAAAUCAAUAUGAAUAAUAUUUUUAAAAACUUGUUGAGCAUUGGCUAUUCUUGUAACCUUAAAAGUAACCUACACACUUCUCAAUUACGUUUUGCUUGGAGCAGAGAUAAUUUACCGAAAAGAUUUUUAGAAUACAAUAAAAAGAUUUACCCUCCACAAGAAAUCGGCGAAGAGCCAAGACCUGCUUUUGUAUGUCAUCAGAAGACUAAUAUAAAGUAUAGCCCUGAGAAACUGUGGUACAUAGCAGUGUUUAUCAGGGGAAUGACCAUUGAUGAAGCUCUCAAACAGUUGAGUUUUGUUAACAAGAAAGGUGCUGGAUUUGUUAGAGAUACCAUACUGGAAGCACAAAACCUGGCCAUUACUGAACACAAUGUUGAAUUUAAAAGUAAUCUCUGGAUUGCUGAAUCUUUCUCUGGCAAGGGGACAGUGAUCAAAGGAGUCCGAAGACAUGCAAGAGGUAGAAUGGGAGAAGUGAGAUACCAGUACAGUCAUUAUUUUGUUAGAUUAGAAGAAGGGAAGCCUCCCAAAGAUUAUUAUAACCUGAACCCGCUCACACCGCAGCAGCAACUGGACAAGUGGUUAGAGAAUAUGAGGGAACGGAAAAUUAUAAAUUCAUAUUAAGUUAGUUAUCGGUAAAAGUGUAAUCUGUAGUGUAAAUAAAUGUAUUGAACACA